GCCUUAGGCCGAUCCACUCUUGGAAACUUGCGAUCCCAAAUAUGCGCUCCAAGCGAUCCUAAGGCGAUCCGUGUUUCAGCCAGUCUAACUCUUGUACGAUAUGGAGUCACACGUACAACGGCGGCGUCUUGCCGUUGCAGCAGUAACUUUUAUUUUGCUUAAAUGCUUGCGCAAAAAAUCACAAAAAAGAAAACGACGGUUUUGGGUGAAACAAAUUAACAAAAAUCGCUUGGAAUCUGGGACUCAGCUGUACGCAGAGUUAGUGUCAGAUAAAGGUGAACACAAUUUUGCAAGAAUGAAUGCUAAUCAAUUUGAGAUAUUGUGUUCAUUAUUAAAUAACAAGCUAAGAAAGAAUGAUACAAAUUAUAGAGAUGCCAUUACUGUGAAGGAAAGAUUAUUACUAACAUUGAGAUUUUUAGCAACUGGAGAUUCGUACGUCAGUUUGCAGUAUCUGUUCCGCAUUUUCAAACAGUCUAUAUCGAUAAUUAUUCCUGAAGUUUGUGAAGCCAUCAUUGACCUGUUAAAUGAUUAUGUAAAGGUAAGUAAAACCAUACUUUAUUACUCAAUAAAAAAGUAGUGUAUUACAAUCAUAAUUUAAAGAAGUAACAUGUUUACAAUUAUUAAUUAUUUUUUGAAAACAUGAUAUAGGUAGGUACUUAUUUAAUUCGGUGGUGACUGUGGAAGUGAAUAAUCCUGAGGUUUCAGAAACUGGGACUGCGAUGAAUUGGAGGCUAGAUGAGCAGACGGUGAUGUCUGUGGUAUUGGAGCUGGAUAAUUUUGAGGUUGUAGAGACUGGGACUGUGAUGAAGUGGAUGCUAUUUGUGUGCCAGGAUAUGAAUUAGUGUAAUAUCCAUAAUUGCUAUCCCCAUAUCUUCCUGUGUCAGCUUGAAAAAUAACUUGGCAUAUAGCAUUUUUGACAUUAACUAAUGUUACUGCAUCAUAUUUCCGCAAUUCAGUAGAUAUAUACUGCCCGAAAGCAAUGUAAGAAUCAGUUUCCGGUUGUGGUGGCUGAGCACAUUGUUGCAGAAGUUGGAAAGCCUCUGAAAGAGUUUCAUCUGAUAUGUCAUCUGCAUUAUUAGAAGUAGUUUUCUUUCUUUUUUUUGUUCUUUUGUUUGUUGUUUGGACACUGGAUUGUGCAUUCUGAUCAUUCUGCUCUCUACUCUGAUCUGUGUGGUGGUUGGCUCUCUCCGGUUGUGUGUCACUAGUAAUGUUACUGUUCUCGUUUUCGCUCACUGUAGUAUUAAGGGCUUGUACACAAAACUGAGAUGCGACGCGAUGCGAAUUCGCAACGCAGAAAAUUACGACACGAAUUGCUGCGAUGCGAUUUCGUGCGGCAAGGCGUCUCCCAGGGUGACCAUUCCUUCGACGACCGUUAACCGUACUAAACGUAUUUUGAAUUGAAAACUAGGUCGUGACAUGGAUCGUAAAAAAAAAUGUGCACUUUUAUUAUUGCUUAGGAGAUACAAGAAAAAGAAACAAAGAAGAUUUUGGGUUCAUCCAUUUAUUACUAUUAUGAAUCCCGAUGGAAACUAUUUUCUUCUAAAAUAUUAAGCUUUGAAAACCGACGAAAAAAAGUUUUUGGAGUAUUUUAGAAUGAGCAUAUCUUCAUUCGAAGAGCUUUUAAGUUUAUUAUCACCAUAUCUUCAGAAACAAUCGUACAAGGGGAGAAUUCCUGUUAUGCCUCUGGAAAUGAUUGGCCUCACUAUCCGAUUCCUAGCGACCGGAAAUGAAAUCAGAAAUAUACAUUUAGAUUAUUAUCGAGGAAUAAGUACAGUUGCUAAGAUAAUACGAGUAGUUUGUAAUGCAAUAUGGAAAUUUUGUUUAAAUGCAAACAUACCAAAAAUAACACAACAGCUGUUUGAAGAAAUAGCUGCGGACUUUGACAAGAAAGCCAACUUCCCUAACUGUAUUGGAGCCGUUGAUGGGAAACAUAUUCGUAUUCGUAGUCCCCCAAAAAGUGGAUCACUUUUUUUUAAUUACAAGGGCUACAAUUCAAUAGUUUUGUUGGCUAUUGUGGACUCGAAAUACAGAUUCAUCUAUGUGGACAUAGGAGCAUAUGGAAAGGAAAGUGAUUCCACUAUUUUCCAUAACACGAAACUGUACGACUUACUGAUGAGAGGUGAUUUGCCUACACCAACAUCAAGGCCGUUACCGGGCUUUCAAGAACCGGUUCCAUUUGUUUUUGUCGGAGACGAAGCUUUUUCUAUUUCGAAUAAUGUCAUGCGUCCUUAUUCUGGCAAGCAUUUGUCUGUUAAACAAAGAGUAUUCAACUACCGUUUGAGUAGGGCAAGAAGAUAUGUCGAGUGUACUUUCGGGAUACUGGCCAAUAAGUGGCGAAUAUUUAACCGGCCCAUUAACGUUUCAUAUGAUUUUGCAAUAGAUAUUGUUAAGGCUUGUUGCAUACUACAUAACUUUGUAAUUAACCGUGAUAAAUUAGACACCACUAAUGAAAUGAUCAUAGAUGAUUCCGAACUACAACCACUUCAACAAGGGUUGAAUGUAGGUAGUCAGGUGGUAAGUGCAAAUAUAAUUAGAAACGAAUUUUCGGAUUACUUUACUAGUGAAGUUGGAGCAUUAAGCUGGCAACUACAAAAAAUUUAAGAAUAUACAAUACGACUUGCGUUGUUGCUCGCGUUCUUGGUAAUAAAUCAAUACAACAGGUACAAAAGGAUCACAUCGUAAAACAUUAAAGUAACUCGCUGUCGACGCCUAAACACGUAAACAAUUUAAAGAAUAUUUUUUGUGCUUAUAUGAAUAGAAUGUUUGAUUUGUAGGUAGUAAAAAGUAAAAAAGUUAUACUUAAUAAAUGUAUUUGUGUACUUACCAAGUUUA